GAGACCUGGACCAGCAGAAAAUGGUGUCUCUCAGUGGCUGAGGGAAAGAGAGCCUGAGGUGGACAAGCAGUUAUGAUCCCAGUGAGGUCCCCAGUGCUAGGACGUGCCCAUGCACAAGCUCUGACCUCCAGCGAAAAGUAAGGAUUUCCCUCUACCCCCCGUGCCUGUCAUGGUCUAGCCAACCAGCUGUCAGGAUGAUGGCCUCAGUGGUUGCCAGCGGAAACGAGGACGGGCAAUCCCUGAUCCUGAAAGGGGUGGAUCCAGAAACAUGCAUGAUUGUUUUUAAGAACCACUGGGCUCAGGUGGUGAAGAUCCUGGAGAAGCACGACCCCCUGCGCAGCGGCGGGGCGGGGGCGGGGGCGGGCCCGCGCUUCGGCCCCAUCCCGGGCGACGAGGCCAGCGCCGUGCAGAACUACGUGGAGCACAUGCUGUUCCUGCUGAUGGAGGAGGGCAGCGGCCAGGCGGGCGCCAUGGGCCCCAUCCUGGAGUUCGUGGUGACGGAGAACGUGAUGGAGCAGCUGUUCCUCUGGAGCCUCCGGCGGGAGUUCACCGACGACAUGAAGGUGGAGCAGCUGAAGAUGUACGAGAUGCUGGUGGGCCAGUCGCGCCAGCCGCUGCUGCACCACAAGCCCGUGCUGCGGCCGCUCAUGAUGCUGCUGAGCUCCUGCUCGGGGGCCGGCGCGCCCGCCGUGGAGGCCGAGCUCGUGCUCCUGCUCAACCAGCUCUGCUCCAUCCUGGCCAAGGACCCCUCCGUGCUGGAGCUCUUCUUCCACACCAGCGAGGACCAGGGCGCCGCCAACUUCCUCAUCUUCUCCCUGCUCAUCCCCUUCAUCCACCGCGAGGGCACCGUGGGCCAGCAGGCGCGCGACGCCCUGCUCCUCAUCAUGUCGCUGUCGGCCGAGAACCACACGGUGGCCAAUCACAUCGCCCAGAACACGUACUUCUGCCCGGUGCUGGCGACCGGCCUGAGUGGGCUGUACUCCUCCCUCCCCACCAGGCUGGAGGUGCAGAGCGAGGACUGGCACUGCCUGCAGCGGGAGGACUGGCAGCAGGUGCCCGCUCUCGUCCAGUUCCUCAACUCCCUGGAGUUCUGCAACGCCGUCAUCCAGGUAGCUCAUCCCACCAUCAGAGACCAGCUGGUGGGCUACAUCUACAACGGCUUCCUGGUGCCUGUACUGGCCCCCGCCCUGCACAAGCUGACCUUCGAGGAGGUGAUGACGACCACGGCGUACCUGGACCUGUUCCUGCGCAGCGUGACGGAGCCCGCCCUGCUGCAGACCUUCCUCAGCUUCAUCCUGCUCCACCAGCACGAGAACGUGCACAUCCUGGACACGCUGGUCAGCCGCAUCAACACGCCCUUCCAGCUGGGCACGGUCUCCCUGGCACUGUUCCGCACUCUGAUUGGUUUAUACUGUGAAGAUGUCAUGCUGCAGCUCAUCCUGAGGUACCUGAUUCCCUGUAACCACAUGAUGCUGAGCCAGCGCUGGGUGGUGAGAGAGAGAGACUGCUACUCUGUGUCCGCGGCUAAGCUCCUGUCCCUCACUCCUUCCUGCUAUUCCGCCGAGCUGAGUCCGCCACCUCUGAGGCAGCAGCUGGACUACAUCCUCUGGUCAAAGGGCACGGACAGGACACACACAGGAACCAAUGAAGCAGUUGAUUCUCAUUCAGAGGAGGGCUCAGAGCACUCCUGCAUCAUUGGUACAGAGGUUGUCAUGGAUGUCAGUUACCUGCACUACCUUUGCGACGCCCGCCGCAGAAUAACCAGCUGCAUCCAGGGGUGUCGGGUGUGGUCGGCCCUGUACGACGGCGAGAACCCCCCUCCGGAACAGUACCAACCAAGCUCUCUGGAGGAAUCUGGGAAGCCGAGAGCUGCCCGCCGGCCGUCCAGGGGCCCCCCAGCACUCCAGCAGCCCUCGGACCUGGGCCCCCCAUCUGUGGACCGGGCCAACCAGCUGGACCUGGAGUGGGACAACAGCUAUGACACUGCCCUGUCCCCUGACGGUGACAACAGCGUAGCGGACGGCCGGCCCCCUGUCCCUGUCGAGCCGCCCCAGCACAUACAGGAAAUGAGGAAAAACGCCAUCAUGCUCAUUAAGGGUUCUUACAUCGAGGAGUCCGACUUCCAGGACGACGUCAUGGUCUACAACCUGGUUGCACAGAAGGACGCCCAGGGUGUGCCAGUUGACCCCCCGGUGGAGACCGGAAGAGCAGAGGCAGAUCCCAGCCUGCAGGAGCCACAGCCACCAAUCAGCAACGGCCUGGGUGCCACCCUGCAACCAAUCACCAUGGAGGAGCAGCAGGAGCAGAGCAAGGAGGACUCUGAUGCUCAGCUGGAGGCUGGCGGGGGACAUUCAGAGCGCAACCCCGGCUCACCUGCGCCGAUGCAGGACAUGGACGACCUGAUGUCCCAGUACGAGGAGCUGAUCCGGACGCUGGGGGCGGAGUCAGGGAGCCCGGUGAAAACGCAGAGGGAGUUCCAGAGCCCUGUCACCCCGGUGGAGGAGGAGGAGCUGGAUUUCUCCUCGUUCUCCCCUGAGACUCCGGAGCCAGAAAAGACUCCCUCACCAUUUGGGUCGAAGAGCCGCACUGGGACCAGGAUUCAUGGGGUUCCUUUCACUGGCCCAUUCGUCAGCGUGCUGCUGUCCCGGCUGGAGAACAUGCUGGAGAACUCCCUCCACGUCAAUCUGCUGCUGACAGAAAUCCUGUCCCAGCUGGCCGCCUACCCCCAGCCUCUGCUGCGCUCCUUCCUGCUCAACACCAACAUGGUGUUCCAGCCCAGCGUGCGCUCACUCUACCAGGUACUUGCAUCGGUAAAGAACCAGAUCGAGCAGCAGGCCUUGACAAAGAAGGACUUUCCAGAGCUUCUGAUGGAGGCACAGUAUUGCCUGCUGUCCAGAGAGUCUGCCCUGAGGAGCCGAGACCUCCGACUGGAAUCCCACAGUGGGGAGAAUGGAGACUGGACAUCAAACACAGACGUGGGCAGAAGUCAACUAAUUCCUGACAGGGUCUUGAAGAAUCCAUCUGCCAAUCCCAAGAUCGCACCCCAGGACAGGAACAGUGUGUUGGCCACAGUCCUCUUCACGGAGUUCCUCAAAGAGCUGGCGGCCAUUGCACAGGAACACUCCAUCUUGUCACACAUGCCGAUGGAGGAGUAGCCUUUUAACAGAUGUGCCUGUCUCUCUGUCUGCAAUUUGGAAAUACCUUCCUCUGUUCUUGGCACUACCUGAUGAAGAACAUACCUCUUUGGCGGACUUUUUCUGAAUACUUUUCCUGACAUUUUGAGUAGGGAUGUAAAAAUUUUCCUUAACCGUUCUGACCAUUUCCUUUCUUAUACAACAGGUCUUGAUAUGACAUUACAUGUCAUAUACACAACAACACAUAAACGGCUGAUUUAGCCACAGUGACUUGAACUGAUAAGAAUUGUAUGCAAAUAUCCUUCCAUGGUCAGUCUGACGGGGUCUUGAUUUGUGAUUCCAGAUAGUAUGACCUAGUUACAGGUCCUUGCUGAAAAUCCCAUAGUUAAUAAGGCUCCAGGAUGGGAGCUCUAGGUUCAUCAACCAAAGACCAAAAGAGACACAGGACCACAAGGGGUCAGCUGAUGUGGGAUGUAAUGCCAUCGUCAGACCCCAGGUUUGUUCAGCAUCAAGCAAAACAUAUUGAUUGCUUCCCUUUCUUCAAAAUGCCUGCCAGAGCCCAGCUCCUAUUGUGAUGGGUACCAUAUGGGCUUGAAUCUGUUCCACUUUGUGGCCUUAAAUGAAUGGUGGUUGAGUGAAAAGCCUUUGUGUCCAUCAUGCCUUUGUGUGGAUGCCAUCAGUCUUGUCCCUGAAGCAUGUCAAACCCUGCAGCUGCAUCAUCUGGAAGCCUGCACACGAGAGGCGGACAUGGGAGAAGCGUUCCAUCCUCACACAUUCAUUCUGCACUCUGGGUAUGUCCACAGGAUGCUUGUAGAGUCAGCAGUGUGUUGGGUUUAUUUUCUAUAAAGCUGUGGUUUUGAGAAGCAUCAGAUUCACUCGCAUGCACAGGAUUUAGCAAUGGCAAAAGGGCCUUUGUGUGUGUCCGAAAAGAGCACAGAUCCCUGGGAGAUCCUGAGCCUCUUUUGGCUGAGCAAUGAAGGUGCCGAUGGCAGCUGAGAAAGAUGUUAUUACUGAAAAGCACAAUCGUAAUCAAUCCUGCAUUGGGUUUUGCGGAGCUAAAGCUAACGCUACGUGUACAUUUCCAUCAGCUGUGGAUCCGCAGUGAAGAAAGGCACAUA